UAGAAUUGCAGUUGGAAAGGACCCCAAGAGUCAUCUAGUCCAACCCUCUGCAAUGCAGGAUAGAGUCUUCUAACAGGAUGGAGAUAGACAACAGGACCACUGUCUCUGAAUUCAUCCUCCUAGGCAUCACGAGCCAGCAAGACUGGAACAUGUUGUUCUUCACUACCUUCUUGAUUAUAUACAUCAUCACAGUGCUGGGAAAUCUGACUAUUGUACUGGCCAUAAGGUUGGAUAGCCACCUCCUCCAUACUCCCAUGUACUUCUUCCUCAGCAACCUCUCCUUUGUGGACAUCUGCUUCACAACAACCAUCGUGCCCAAGAUGUUGGCCAAUACAGUCUCAGGAGUGAGGAAGAUCUCCUCUGGUGGGUGCCUGGCACAGAUGUACUUCUUCAUUGCUUUUGGCAUCAGUGACAGCUUUCUCUUGGCAUCCAUGGCACUGGACCGCUAUGUGGCCAUCUGCCGGCCUCUGCAUUAUGCCACAGUGAUGAGCAACAGGACCUGCCUACUAAUGGUGGCUGCCUCCUGGCUGACCUCUCACCUCCAUGCUCUCCUGCACACCCUUCUAACAUCCCACCUCUCUUUCUGUGCCUCCAAUCAAGUGCCUCACUUCUUUUGUGAUGUCUUCCCAUUGCUCAAGAUCUCUUGCUCAAACACCUAUCUGAACACUCUGAUAGUGCACACAGAAGGAGCUCUGAUUGUUAAUGGAGCUCUAGCAUUCAUUGUCCUGUCAUAUACACGCAUCCUGAUGGCUGUGUUGAGGGUUCCAUCUAAGGAGGGAAAGUGGAAGGCUUUCUCUACCUGUGGGUCCCACCUGGCUGUGGUGACCCUAUUUUAUGGCACUGUCAUCUGGGUCUACUUCCAGCCCUCAUCCAGCUUCUCAGCUGAGAAGGAUACACUGGCUGCCAUCAUGUACACUGUGGUUACACCCAUGCUGAACCCCUUCAUCUACACUCUGAGAAAUGACAAGAUGAAGGAAGCCCUGAGGAAGCUUUUUGGAAGCAAAGUCAACUAAACUCCUAAAGGAUGGCUAUAAGAAAACAGCCAUCAGUCUGAAGGCGUCCCCUCUUUGAAGCCCUGUCUUCCUUAAGUCUGCCUUGAAGACAAAGACUGAGAAAAGAGCACAGAGGUAUUGAAGCUGUCCUUCAGCAAUGAGAACCUGAACAACGGAUUGGGAAGGCACGCAGUUCAUUUGUCAACAUUUGCCCCACUUGGGUGAGGUGCAUUGUACUUCUGUUUAAAUUAUGGUAAUCUUUUCUAAAUUUGC